AUGGCGGCGCCGCAGAGGGCCGUGCAGGAGGCGGGGCGUGAGCAGCUGCAGGGGCGGCGCUCGCCAAAUCUGCCGUGCGCCGAGCGGCCGCCGCAGCCGGCGCCAGCGCCGGCGCCGGCGCCGCUGGCGCCCGCGGCGGCGCCGCCGCCGCUGUUUUGGGAGCUUGGAAUGCAAGAGCAGCAGCAGCAGCAGCAGCAGCAGAUGCUGCUGGCCCACCACCAACAGGAGCGGCAGCGCCAGCUGCUGCAGCUGCAGCAAGAGCAGGAGCAACAACAGGAGCUGAAGCUGCGGCAGCAGCAGCUGCUGCAGCUGCAGCUGCAGCACCAGCAGCUGCAGCAGCGGGAGCAGCAGCAGCGGCAGCUCGCGCGGCAGCUGCUCGCGCAGCAGCUGCAGGCGCAGCUGCCGCCCUGGCAGCUCACCGAGCUGUCUCUUCUGCCGCCCGGCGCCGCCGCCGCCGCCGCCGCUGGCCUCCCGCUGCCGCCGCUGCUGCCACUGCACGUCGCCUUGCCCGGGCACCUCCCGACCCAGCACCUGCCGCCCCAGCAGCUUCCGCCCCAGCAGCUUCUGCCGGCGCUCGAGCCCGGCACCGCGGCCGCCAGCAGCGCCAGCAGCGCAAGCGGCCGCCCGCCGGCGCCCGCGGCGGCGGCGCCGCCGCCGCAGCCCUUCGGCCUGCUGCCGAUCGGCGGCGCGGCCGCCGCUUGCGGGGGCGGCGGCGCCGCGGACACGAGCGGUAGUGGUGGAUCUGAAGGCAGUGUUUUGGACGCGGCGUCGGACGGCGCGGAGACGUCGGCGCGCGACUGGCUGGGCGCGGGUGAUGAUGAGUGGCUGGCUUGCCUGAUAGCAGACGACCUGAUGACAGCUUAG